UUUCCAUCCUCAUAAAAAUCUCCACUGUACAGAAUAAGAAUACAUAAAUACAUUGCAAGAAAUUUAGUAAAGAAGCGUUGAAUAGGUAGCAAGAAUUCUUGUUUUAAAUAGAACUUUGUGUAAACCUAGUGCAUUUCAUUAUUUUUUACGACAUUAUUAGCCGCGCCGCGGUCCGCGCUUCGCUAUCUAUAUCUCCGAUUACGUAACGCACUCGACGCGUCAAUUGUAAAUUGUAAACAUCAGCUGCUAAUCAUUAGUUUGUGACUUUGUGUUCAUGUAAACGCCGUAAACACCAGUCUUUCUUACAAUGAUAAGGCCGUUAUCACUAUUUAUUUUUAAUUUAAAUAAACAAAAUGUUAAAACACAAGUAAAAUUUGCGAGCACCGUGCUCCCUCAAUUUUCAUCCGAAAAGUAUGGCGUUAAGAGAAAGAGUUUUGGCGUCUUACAACCAAGGGACAUUGACUAUUUUAAAUCGAUCUUGGGCGAAGACCGCGUGGUGACUGAUGAAAGUGAUGUCCUUCCGUUCAAUAUCGACUGGAUUAAAAAUUGCAGAGGACAAUCCAAAGUUGUACUAAAACCGAAGACAACCGAGGAGGUAUCUAAAAUCCUGUCGUAUUGUAACGGCAAGCGGCUAGCCGUGUGUCCACAAGGAGGCAACACUGGCUUGGUCGGAGGAUCGGUGCCAGUGUUCGACGAAAUCGUGCUCAACUUUAACUUGAUGAACAAGAUCAUUAGCUUGGAUGAAAUAUCUGGUGCCCUCGUAUGCGAGUCAGGAUGUGUGUUAGAGAAUCUGGACGACUACGUGCGCGAGCGCAACCUCAUCAUGCCGCUGGACCUGGGCGCUAAGGGCUCGUGCCACAUCGGCGGCAACGUCAGCACCAACGCAGGGGGACUCCGCCUGCUUCGCUACGGGAACCUGCACGGCUCCGUGCUAGGACUUGAAGCUGUAAAAGCAGACGGGACAGUCCUAGAUUGUCUGCGAACUUUAAAGAAGGAUAACACCGGAUAUCACUUGAAGCACCUGUUCAUAGGGUCUGAAGGAACUUUGGGGGUAGUUACCAAAGUUGCCAUCCACUGUCCUGCGUUACCAAAAGCUGUGUCUCUCGGAUUCUUUGGGGUUGAAAAUUUUGAAAAUAUCCUCAAUCUGUAUAAAAGAGCAAAAACAUCUUUGGGUGAAAUUCUGUCGGCCUUCGAAAUGGCAGACAACGGGUCCGUUAGUUCUACUGUUAAAAACCUGAAGCUUUCGAACCCAAUAUCAGACUACCCUUUCUACGUGCUUGUGGAGACGCACGGCAGCGACGAAACACACGAUAGCGAGAAACUGUCACGCUUCUUGUCCGAAGGAAUGGAGUCCGGAGUUAUAGUGGACGGCACUGUCACUUCCGAACCAGCCAAGAUGAAGACAAUUUGGAACAUCCGCGAAAGCAUAGCCGGCGCCGGCCUGGUCGAGGGUUACUCGUUCAAGUACGACGUGUCGAUACCGCUCCGCAACUACUAUGACUUGGUGGAACUGUUGCGUGACAGACUGAAAGACCAUCAAGCUAAAGUGUACGGAUAUGGGCAUGUUGGUGAUGGCAACAUCCACAUAAACGUCAUAGUACCAGAAUACACAAAAAACAUGUACUCAAUGUUAGAGCCGUAUAUCUUCGAAGAGGUCGCGAAGUUGAAAGGAUCCAUUAGCGCAGAGCAUGGCGUCGGUUUUAGAAAACCUCAAUUCAUACAUUACAGCAAAGACGAGUCAGCGUUACAACUUAUGAAAGAUCUCAAGAAGUCAAUGGAUCCUAAUGGUAUUCUUAACCCUUAUAAAGUGUUGCCAGACUAAUACAAUUUACUUUUAAUGUUAAUUUCAUAAGAAAAGCAUUAAAAUAAACGGGGUAGGAUUUUGAUAUAUUUUUAUAAACUUUUAUUUAUAAUCCAACAUUUAUUUAUAUAUAGGUAAACAAGGCAAGGCAUACUGAAAUAAAACUAUAAUUUAUUUAAA